AUGCCCUUUCGCUGGAGAUACGUAAAUUUUGCCGAAUUAGUCAACAAGAGCAAGUUAGUGGAAGAAUGUAUUAAGAAAGUGACUGUGGUUAAAGUGAGUCGCCAAGGAUUUCCACCAAGGCGUCUUAGCAAUCAUCAGACAGCUGGGAGAAGUGUGCAUUUUAAAGCACGUGGCAUACGACAGUGUAAGAACCUACAAGUUGGUAACAUUACUGAUCGCCGUAUGGGUAAGAAUGGAGGUAAAGUAAGGCAAGGUAAUGGUAAACGAGCCCAUCAGGCUUACAUAAACACUGCAUGUAAGUAUUGCAGAAAAGAGCAUGAUAACAGGUCUUGCCAGUUUGGAUCACCUAAAUGCUAUGCUUGUAGAGAACUUGGACAUAUUGCCAAGGAUUGUCCAAAGGGAUUUACUCGAAAUCCAGUUAGCACUCAACAUCAAGGACGAGUGUUUGCUAUCACUAUUGACAAUGUUGUGCAAUCGAACACCCUCAUUCAAGGUCAGGCUAUGUCAAGAAUCGAUUUCUAA